AUGCGUAACCGGGAGAUUAGGAGGCGAGCGCAAGCCGUGGCGGAGGUUGAACAGAGCAAACAAGAAUUCCAGAAUCUAGUUGGAUCCGUACACGACCACAAACCAUUGGCCGUCAGAUCAGCAGGACAUAGCCCCAAUCCUUCGUCCGUCUCGUUAACACGCUCGCAUACCCCUGAACCUCCGUGGCCGGCCGUUCUGGUACUACAGAUUCGUCGCCCCCGGACGCCCCCUCUGUACGACCCCAACCAUCGCAAUCUUCAGGCGGAUAUGGAGGACCUUUAUUCAUGCUGCCUUGUCUUACUUAGUCUACUCGAGAAGAGCGACAGCACCACCGAGUCGACACCUCAGUAUAUUUACGUUUUCUCAAUAAUGCAACAAGACUUGGAUAAUAUGACACAAUUUCUGAAUGAAUGGACAAAGAAGAACAAAGCGAUUCAGCAUAUGCAACGCAAAGAUAUCUACAUCCAAGUGCGGACAAUGGAAGACGCAUUUACUCGCCACCUGAACGUUUAUAUAGCCGUUUCUCAGAGCGAGAGCGCGACGAUAAUGGCGAAAGAGUUUGCAGAGCUUCAAGCCAAAAUGGACGCGAUGAAGGCCCGUGGUAACCCAGACCCAAGGAAUAUCGAACAGGCCGACUCAGAAAUUCUCCGUGAACGAGUUCACCAGAUUACUGGAUACGCGCCAGCAGCCGAAUAUGUCCUCAAAGGACAAAUCAGCUACCGCGAGACGGUCCCUAUAAACUAUGGUAUAACCUUUGACGUAUACCGGGGGAAGUUUAACGAUGGAGAAACGGUGGCGAUCAAAAUCCUUCGUCAAAAACUGAAGAAUGACGGAGUAGGGGUUCGUUUUGUCGAGCGGAUGAUGCGACAAGUUCAGCUGUGGUCUUCUUUCAGUAGUCCUUUUAUUCUCGAAUGUCGUGGAAUUGGUAUGCAAAUGACGCUGUCCUCUGAAGAGGAAGAGUACGAUAAAUUUCAAUUCUAUCUUGUAUCACCUUUUAUGAAGCGCGGUAACGCUGUUCAGUACAUUGCCAAAUUGAGAAAGGAGGGUUCUUAUGUUAAUAUCCUGAAAUAUCUACGAGACGCUGCAUUCGGUUUACGACAUCUGCAUCACAGGGAUCCACCUUGUGUCCACGCUAGUAUUCGGGGAGAGAACGUUCUAAUCAAAGAUGAUGGCACUGCUAGUGCAUGUCUCAACGGAUUUGGUCUAACAAAGGCCUUUACGGUAGGAAAAUUAAUCGAGCUUACGGGUGACAAUCUUAAGUUUCAAUGGAUGGCACCCGAACUCUUAUCUCAGGAUAGGCCCCCUCUAUACCCUUCCUGUGAUAUCUGGGCAUGGGCUAUGACAGCUUUGGAGCUCAUCACCGGGAAGCAGCCAUACUAUCAGCUCGGAAAUGUACGCUCAUGGACUUUUCACGAUCAAGUAGUCAAAGAAGGGAAAAGGCCGGCUCGUAGCGAUUACCCCACCUUUGAACAAUACUGCCCUCAACCAGAUUUGAUGUGGGCCCUGUUAGAAAAAUGCUGGACUAGCGCUUCGGAGCGACCCACAAUAGAUAAAGUCAUCGAAGAACUCGAAGCUAUUGAGAAAGCACAAAUCGAACAGCAGACAGCAGCACCUCAUAUCUGGACCUAA